CAUGAUUAAAUUAUUAUGUUCCACCAUCGAUUAUAAAUCAAUCAGCAAAAAUUUUUUUUCGUAAAACUUCGCUUUAUAGUUUAUAUUUAUUUAUAUAUAUAUAUAUUUUUUUUUUUUUUGCAAUGAGCUUACGAUCAUUAACACGUCUAAAUGCAAAUAAUGAAAUAAAAAGUCCAUUGGUUUCUUCGAUAUUAUGCAGAUAUCUUUCAGAUUCUUUGAAGAAAUCAUUAGAGUCUGUACAAAAAAAUGAUGUUGUUUUAUUUAUGAAGGGUACACCUAAUCGCCCAGAGUGCGGAUUUAGUAGAGCUGUUGUUCAAAUUUUAACCGCGCAAGGUUUGGAUUUCUCAAAAAUCAAGACAUACAAUGUUUUAGCGGAUAAUGAAUUAAGAGAAGGCGUUAAGGAAUAUUCACAAUGGCCAACAGUCCCUCAAGUGUAUAUUAAAGGAGAAUUUAUUGGUGGUUGUGAUAUUGUACUUAAUAUGCAUCAUAAUGGAGAAUUAGAAGACUUAUUAUUGAAAGAAGGCUUGGUUGAUCCUAAAAAUGAAUUAGAACAGGAGGAAAAAUAAAAUUAUGAGAUUUAAAAAAAGAUGACUCUUGAUGUUACAGGCAUUUAUAGGUUUUAUAAAUUUAUCGAGUCAAAAUGUAUUCGUUAAUAAAUUUAUAUUAAUAAAAUAGUUAUAAUAAAAAAACAUUACAAUUAAGAAUUAUCUAUAUAUUCAAAUCUAUAAGUAUAUAUUAAUAUAGAGUAAA